UAUCAAUCCUGGGAUCAAGUCCGGUCGAGCUCGGUUUACUCAGCACAAGUCGACCUAUACUAAGUCUGUUACUUGCCCUGGCUGCACCUGUGGUCAACCCGGUCCGACUCUUCGAUUAUGUCAACCCCAAGGACAUGCUGAGAAAUCUGAACUAAGGAGCCAACAUGACAAGGCGAAGAGAAAUCUCUGUGCUCAUUGUUGGCUUGCAAUUUGUCCUGGCAAUCGCUGCUGUGGUCAACGUAACGACGGUGGCAUUCGACUUGUACAGCAAAGCGUACUCGGUCGUGAUAGCUUGCAGAUAUCGUUAUCAGAUAUUCUUAUGGAACGUUCUUGUUGCCGCACUGUGGUUGGCAGGUUUCCUUUCUCUCAUGUCCCGUUCGUGUUUUGAGCUUGUACAGGGUGGACACGCAGUCGCACCUCAAUCUGGCACAUCGUGGUCAGUUCGACUCCGCGAUUGGGUAAAGCGAUGGCCAGGCAACGAGUUCUCGGUGUGCGUGCAACAUGAAGAGCGACGUUUCUACUGGAAUCCGGAGAACCAAUGGUAUUUUUGGUUCUCCCAGGCCUUGACUCUUGGGACGGUCGCACACAUCUUCUAUGGCACUGCCAUUUUGUCGGGCUAUCAAUUCAUUGCACCAUCGGAUGCGCUCGGGGUAGUGGCGAGAUAUGUUGCGUCUGCUUGGGUCUCUCGACUGAUCUUGAGGUCUGAGCUCGCGGGCUUGUCCGCACGGACAACAAUUCAGUGUGGCGAUGGAGAAGAAGGGAGGUGUAUGAGGUCGUCCGCAUCAAGGGAGAGGGGGUAGGCUGCUUCACCUCCUACAUGUUCCAUAAUGCGCAGUCGAAGUGGAGCUGAAUCGUGGGCCUGAGGCCAACCGGCGUCAGCGUUUCACAAACGAGACUCAGUCGCUGCGAACACCUGCACUAGUCAAUACGGGUUCCAUCAACAUCACCCAAGAGUUGCCGCGCAAGCUGGUAAGAAACGCCGGUAGGUGAAUCACGAACUGUAGUGCGUACCGAUGCGGGUUUAGUGCAUUGAGGAGGUGCUGCAGGCAGUCUGAGCCUUGCGACAAGGCAGAAAGUAACGGGGGCUAGGCAUAUACUAAACAAGGCACGAUCUCUCCAGGGCUUGGUUCAAGAUGCGCUCAGGGUUUGUUUGCUAGCGGUCCGCUGCUCUGAUUGUCCAGCUCAUUUGGUCAGUUUGGUUUGCUUCCCUACUCUUUCACUGCUAUUCCCUUCUACUAUAUAGUCUCGA